CUAAAACGCCAGUACUCAGUGUCAAUAAAACCACGAAUAUGAGAACGGGGAUAUCACGUCGCGUGAAACCAAGGAGCAUAUGCUGCCAGCGAGAACCAUCUGAAGUUUCCGUGGAGUCGUCAUGGUUGCCGGCUUUUGAAUCGCCGUGCUUCGACUUUUUUGAUUCGUCUCUGUUUUUGUUGAGGACAGAGAUACUAGACAAUGUUGUUGAGCGUUUUUCCAGUGAACUCAAACUCCCUUCACCAUUGUCGCUCGACAUAUCGGCUUGGUGGAUAUCGGGCUAUUCGAGACGUUUUAACACUGCAGAAGUAGUAAACUGCGUGAACCUGCCGUUAGGACUCCAAUACUUAUGAGACUCGCCCAACAAUAGCUUUUUGUUCUAUAGGCCCAUUGUGCGUCAGUACUUUUGUAUCAACGCGACACCAACCCCCCUGGACAAAGGCAGUCAAACGAAAAGGGUUGAAAAUAAUUAAAGUUUAAUACCGCGUGACUUAGCGCUUCGUUCUCAACUCAAUAGUGAAUUAAGACGAAGCGAAGUCGGACUCCUGGCCGACCCCACAAGCGACCGAGUUACCGAAUCCGAGCACAACAGAUCGCUCCUGAUCAUGCUGUAAGUGUUUUUAUAAAUCGACGAAUUUAACCCCAUUAGGUAAACAAGAGGGGGUGAGCCACUAGCGUAAGACCUUCUUCAUUGACAGCUGACAAUAUUUAAGACUCGAAUUGACGAGACAGUUGUAGAUAUACGGGCCAUGGCAUAUUCGCCUCAACAUAACGGAACAUGCUCCAUUACCGUACUUUUCAUGAAACAGGGAGAAUAUUCCCGCUUUUAAAAUUUGAUUCGUGAUAAUAUCCACAUGACAACCGAUGAUCUUGUUUGAGAAGUUUCAGUGAUUCCGCAGCUUGAUUAUAUCGUUUGAAAAUACACUGUGAUGUUUACCCUCUUCCGCAACUGUUUAACGGAGCCAGCAAUUCAAUCGUCUCCAUUGUUACUAAAUUUUCACAAAGCAAUUAUUAGCUUGCUCUAGUAUCAAAAGAUUAUCCGCUCGCAGAUUUAAUAUUAUGUAGAAGGUACGUUCGGUUUACGCGUCGGAUUCGCUUGUGGCACACAUUCAUGCGCCGAUACCUGUGUAUCCUUAACGUGCUCUAAUGAGAUAUAGCGAUCGAUGAAUCUUGACGUGACGGAUGCGGCAGGAAUUGCGUAGGGCUCUUCAUGGAUACUCACCACCACAUAUGCGGAACAUAAGAAGCUUCCUGUGUGCCGUUUUCUUCAUCUUCGGACCAGCUUGUUUCUGCAGUUACUAUGGGUAAUACUAUAGGAAAGGAAAAAAGCAAUUCUAGAGACUCUUACCAAUGUCUUGUACAACUAAUUGAUGGAGGGUUUCUCGAUAGUCAGGGUGUCUAUUCGAAUGGCCCAACGUACAAAAAGUCUAUUGUCAAAAACUUAAUUCUGUCGCGCCGUCUUAUGCCAUUUUACAAGGGCCUGGAUAACAUUGAAAGUCGCUGGAGCAAUGAGGAGCUUUCAAUGGCUGUUGCCAAAGCGUUAGGACCACAAAAGGCCAUGUUACUAAACUCUACCCAACGGAGGGGCAGUGGUAACAGUAUAGCCAAUGCAAAGUCGUUGAGAGAGCAUUCUGCUCGAAUUCAUGAGGGUCGCUCAAGAGUCCGAUCAAACUCGGCCCAUCACUCCUCUUCAAAUUUGUCGGGACGCGGGAAGGAUGCCUUGAGUACCGUAUAUACGAAUGCUGUAGAAUGCCCCAUCUGUUUCCUUUUUUAUCCUCCAAACUUCAACUACACUCGGUGCUGUGGUCAACCUAUUUGUUCUGAGUGUUUUGUCGAAAUCAAAAGAGCUGAUCCUCACUUGCCAACAGUGCACGUGAAUGAGGCACCUCCCCGUGAAACAGACCUUAUCUCGGAGCCUGCUUGUUGUCCCUAUUGCAUGACCGAACGCUUCGGGAUAGUGUACAAGCCCUCGGCCGCCCUAAUGGCGUUUUGCUAUGGGGUGUAUGACUUUAGCGUACGAGACACCGCAGUUUCGUUUAAGUCCUUCAACGAAUUAAAAAGUCGCUUUGAUAAAAUGCCCUGGCCACCUCGGCACGACACAGUUUUUCAACCGAAUGACGACUGUGUGGUCACAACGGAUUUUAUUCGGCCUGAUUGGCAAUACAAGCUCGAGAGAGCCCGCCGUAGAGCAAUACGACGUGCUGCGAAUGCUGAGCUGCUAAACCAGCAUCUUCUCGAAUUACCAGGACGUCGUAAUAGUCGUGAUUCAGUGCAUGGAAAUUCAUCCCGUCCCAGUGUCAGCUCUCGUCGAAGUUAUCUUCAAUCAAUGGAGCAGCGCAUGAUAGACGAAGUAAUCCGCUUGAGUUUGCUGGAUGCCAAUCCGGCGCAACAAGAGCAUACGGCAGAUUCACAAAACAAUUCCACUCAAAAUUUGCCUACUACAGUACAACGGGAUGCCACAAUACAUUCAACCGCUCCAUCAGAUGCAUCUCGUUCGGCACGCCAAGCUAGAGUGUCCUCGUUCAUUCAAGAAACGAUGACCUCUACUUUACCUUCUGCUCAGCAAUCUGUUCAGAAUCCUGAGCAGAAUCCCUCCACAAUUCUUCCAAACGUAAGUGAACCUCAAACGCCCGUGUCUAGUGACGCUUCGAUGGUAUCCUCAUUUACACAAGAAGAGCAAGAUGCCAUUGAGGAGUUACUUCGGAGCCCUGCAGCUAGUACAAACCCUUUUCUUUCAGACCGUUUUGUAUCAUCUGCUGAUACUCAUUCUUCUUACGCGCAGUCGAAUACGAUCGAGCAAAAUAAGCAUGAUGUACCGAUUUCGUCCGUUACCGAGUAUCCAAUGCCUAUUGGUGAAAUAUCUCAGACUCGGUAACGGUAUUAAUUUCUCCAAACUUGUAUUUAAAACGGGGAAUGAUGGAGGAUUUAUUAAAUUAGUUUAUUUAUUGUGGUAAUACGGUUGGAUUUUAUUUAGUCUUAGAAUGAAUUGCAAGAGAUUAUGAAAUGCUUAAGUGCUUAAACGAGUUAAUUAGGUAAAG